GUCUAUAGACUCUUUUUGGAAACAGUUUUCAGAGUAGUAUUUAGUAUUUUAAUCGUAGUCAAAAUACUAUCUUUCUUAUUUAUAUUGUUCGAUGAAUGCUUCUCAUACCAGAUGAUUGCUUGGUGACCUUCUGUCGCCAAUAUAUGUAUACUGAUGAGAUAAUGGAUCGGAAUAAGCUCCUCCAGGAUACUAGAGGAUACAGAUGCGGCAGAUGCCGACAACGAUUAGUCCCAACGACAACAAAUUUAGAAGACAUCCAAUGCCCAGCAUGCGAAAGAGUUGCUUCUAGCAGUCUAGGUGGAACAAAUGAACGAAGCUGCAAUAAUAAGACAGAUGGCAGAUUUUCUAGCAUAGUUUCUCACGUUGCCGAAAAAUUCAGGAAUACUUUUUUAGGCAGGCAUCAUCGUCAAGACAGUGAUACAGAAAAACCCAAGUCAUUGAAUUGCAAUCCUUCCCCAUUGGAGUCAUCAUCGACUUCUCUAUCUGAUCAGAGACCACGAAAACGUGCACUGCUUAUUGGAGUGACUUACAAGACAUGGAAGCACAAGCUUAAGGGAACUGUUAAUGAUGUCAAGAAUAUGAGAAGUUUUUUGACAGAAAAUCUCAAAUUCCCUCCACAGAACAUCCUCGUUCUUACAGAAGAUGAGACAGAACCAGAUCUAACUCCCACAAAGAAAAACAUCGAGAUAUCCUUAAAAUGGCUUGUACAGGAUUGCCUGGCUGGUGACUCGCUGGUGUUUUAUUACUCCGGCCAUGGCUUGCGACAACCGGAUUUCAAUUUGGAUGAACGUGACGGGUUUGAUGAAACUAUUUGUCCAGUUGAUUUCUUGAAAGAAGGAAUGAUUCUUGAUAAUUAUAUUAAUUCCACCAUUGUUCAGCCGCUUCCUCAAGGUGUCAUUCUUCAUGCUAUUGUUGAUGCUUGUCAUAGCGGAACGAUCCUCGAUCUUGUUCAUGUUUACAACAGAGAAAAAGGGGAAUGGGAAGAUAAUAGCCCUCCAAAUGGUACAAGGAAGCACACAAAUGGUGGAUUGGCAAUUUCUAUUUGUGCUUGUGAAGAUAACCAAAUGGCUGCCGAUACCACGGCUUUCACAGAAAAGGGAAUGAAUGGUGCUCUGACCUAUAUUCUAAUUGAAACUGUGAAGAAAUACCCAGGACCAACAUACGGUGACCUACUUGACCUGAUACAUGAGACCAUUGAUGCAGUCAAUAAUAGUGGAUGCCAUUUUUCAAGAUUCAUAAGAUCAAUGUUUCACAAUAAGAUAUUACAGACACCUCAACUUUCAGCUUCAAAACCAUUUGAUGUUAAGAAGACACAUUUUAUUUUGUAAUCAUAAAGCAUCACAUCAGCUUCAUUUCAAAGGAGUGUAACUUAUCACUUAAUGGCAAUGGCAAGGUAAGAAAAAAAAAAUAAUAAAAUGAGCAAUAAUAAAAUAAUAUCCUUGUGGAUCACUAUUUUUUUAUGUAGAGAAUUGAGAGUGAAGAUUGAUAAAUGACAUACUUUUUGUUAUUGAAUCAAAAUUAAAUAAAUAAAUAUGUUAUUUUGAUUUGACCA